AUGCAGUUCAAUAUACUUCACAUUCUUCUCAUCGCAACAACAAUCGCGUAUACCUCCUGUCUCGCAGUCAGUGACACUACACUCCAUCGUAACCGUCAAGGACGUCGUCUACAUAGCGCUGGAGCCAAGAUUAUCGAAGAGAUCCCAUUGACACCGAAAGAGUAUGAGAAGGCCUUAGAAAUUCUAGGACCAAUACUCUACACUGAUGGUAAAACAGGGAAAAUGACUCUACAGGAGCUGAAGGAAUUAGUAUCUGAAGCGGAAGUGAAAAAAUUGCGUAGUUCCAUUGAACACAUGGGGGUGAAGAAAGCCAGCACAAUCAAGUCGAUUGCUACUUGGGUAGGUAUGUCGGGUCUUGUUGCUGCUGCGUUUUACGGCGUCUACAAAUUUCACAAAAAUCAUUCCCAUGACAAAGCGGAUAAAGGUUCAGGAUCGAAAUCGAGCUAG